UGUAUUACAUGUACAAUCCACACCGUCUCGCGCGCCAGCCACAACCGCGUCCGAGUCCGAUAACAUGACGACCCAAGCCACAGCUGCAGCGGGCUCGACGAGCGUAUACGCGACGCACGCGCACGUCCAAACGCAUAUCAACCACCUGCUACACGCGAGCCCCGUCUAUGGGCACUUCUUCGCCAACGUGUCGCUGCACAGCGCCUCGCCCGGGCGCGUGGUCGUGCACCUCCCGAUCGAACGGUGCCACCUCAACUCCAAGGGCAGCCUGCACGGCGCCGUCUCCGCGACGCUCGUGGACUUUAUGGGCGGGCUCGCGAUCGCGGCGUACGACAGCAGAGACCACACGGGUGUGUCGACGGAUAUGCACGUCAGCUUUCUGGGGGGCGCGAAGGAGGGGGAGACGCUCGAGGUGGAGGGGCGGGUGGAUCGGUGCGGGGGCACGUUGGCGUAUACGAGUGUGGUGGUGCGGAAGUUGGAUGGGGAGAAGGGGGAGGGGAGGGGGGAUGUUGUGUCGAUGGGGAGUCAUACCAAGUUUGUGAAGCAGAGGUGAUGUGAUACCAGGCUUGUAAGUUAUGACUCCAGGGAUUUGUUGGUGGUUUGCUCGGAGAUGCUGAAUAGAAGGCGUACUUAUUCGCGAUUUUAUGCACAAUAACCGUCAAGCCAUGUAUCCUGCGAGUAUGGACGCGCCAAUAAUGGUGGUUUGUG